GGGUUGAUGAGCUCCCUCUUUUUCCCAUGUUUACCCCCCGCAAGGUUGUUAAGCUCAUUUGCCUCAUCACUCAAGUCAACUCCAUAAUGAGAGCAAAACAACCAAAAGUUUCUCACUUGCUCAUAUUUUGACAAAAAGGAAUUCACUCAAAUUUGCUCAUUCACUUAAAAAAAACAUACACGGCAAUCUGCAGUCUCUCGUGUAUUUCUUUCAAGAGAGCUGUUACUUAAUCUUGUUCAUAUUUCAUUAGUUUCGUUGAAUAUUUCAUACAAUAUAAACAUGGCGGCAAAUAAAUCCAGUGUAAUUGACUCUGAAGUCGCAAUGUUUUCAAAAUUUGCAGCUGAUUGGUGGAAUCCGAAUGGCAUGAUCCAUCUCCUUCAUACUAUGAUACCUGCGAUUCGAAUUCCGUUGAUGAAAAAUGGACUUACUAAUGCUGGCUUGGUUAAACCACAAAACAAGGAUAAACCAAACAUGUUUGAAGGAAUUAAAGUACUGGAUGUUGGAUCUGGUGGCGGUCUUAUGUCUGAACCAUUAGCUUUGAUGGGUGCUCAAGUCACUGGAGUCGAUCCAACUGAGAAGCUAGUCGAAGUUGCCAAAGAGCAUGUUAAGAUCCACGAAAAUCUCAAAAUUGAUUACAUCUGUGAUACAGUUGAGAAUCACAGCAUCAAUAACAAGGAAAAGUACGACGCUGUGACAUUCUUUGAUGUAGCUGAGCAUGUUGCUGAUGUCCGUCAAGUCUUGAAAGCCAGCGUUGAAUGUCUUAAGCCAGGAGGUCGAAUUUUCAUCACAACAUGGAACAAAACAUUUAUGGGCUGGUUCUAUGGCAUCUUCUUACUCGAAUGGGUCUUUGGGAUCGUACCACGUGGUGCACAUGACAUCAAGCUGUUCAUAUCACCAGAAAAGAUCACUGAAUAUUUGAAAGAAUUCAACUGCAAGUCAAUUGAGGUCCAGGGAACUUGGUACAGCAUUUGGAAGAGAUCUUGGAGCUUCACCUCUUACACUGGAGUAUUUUAUGCUAUGCAGGCUGUGAAGGAGAAAUAAGAUUUGUUGUCAACGUGUUGCUCUUGAUAAGGCUCUUUAAUUUUGCUAAAACUUGGGUCAAUUGAGGUUGAAAUUACUAAGAUGAAAUGUUUGUUUUGAUUCGCUGUCAUUUCCAAGAAUGUUUAAUAAAUGUUUUUUUUUAUAAAUCAAUUAAAAAGGUAUUUUAUUGGGGCUAGUGCCGCUGUUGAAAGGUCAGGUAUAUGUUUUUUAAUAGACAUCUAUUGAACAUUGCCGAUCUACUAGAUCUACUUGAUACUAAAGUUAGCAAAACGAUGAUCCAGUAGCCACAAGACAUUAAUAUACCAGACAGGGCCUAUCCCGGAAUUUGAAGAGGGGGGGGAUUUUGUUUUUU